AUGUCCUUCACCAUCGACCGUCGAAUUGCCAAGCCGUCCACCGUUCGAAACCCACACCUACACCCCGCCAUUAACAUACACCCCAGUGCUGAAGAAGAAGUGCACCUCGGUGCUAAAGAAGGCGUCAUGGAGGAAUCGUUUGACAUUGAAUAUUUCGAAGUCAACAACAAUGAGAUUAAUAUCUCAAAGAGCGUCCCUAAAUUGAAAGGACAGUCUAAUUUCAGAGACUGGGAGGCAGCUCUCUAUCUAGCACUUACUGUUAACAACUCUUACUACACGCAUAUGAUAUCCACUGGGAUUCCUAUGCCAACACCACCAGCAUAUGCCGAUACCACUUCGAAGUCGGUACGACAGGGACUUGUUAAAGAAGCGCGGGAUGCAGCCGGUGAUGAGACUGUUGAUAUCACAAUCACCUCUGCCGAAGUCCGUGCUCGGGUCAAAGGGCUUGUUGAAUUGAAUGAAGCACUUCGCAAGAAACACAAUGCCAAAUGCAACAAGUGGCGAUCCUGCAACAACAGAGCUUGUAUUCAGUUACGGAUGACCCUCGGUCCUCAGGCUAUGUCUCUUGUGUCUCAAAUCACCGAUGUCCAUGAGGCUUUUAAGAAGCUGCGUAAGACAUACGCUGCAUCUUCACACCAGCAAUCAUACGCUCGCUAUACCAAGUGGGUAGAUCUUCGUUUCAAGAAUGGAACUGCGACCAAUUUUGUACGCAAAUUCCAGGAAGCACUUCGUGAUCUCAAUGAGACAGCUGGUGUUGUGGUACCACCGGUGAUUGUGCUAUGUCAAUUCAAGAAAGCAGUUACUGAAAAUGCUCGUUGUCAUGCCUUUCUACGAAACCUAAAGGUUAACGAGAAAGAUGAUGCCUUGAUGGACAACGUGUACAUUGAAUUCGUUGAUGCAGAGACUACCAAUCGCUCCAUCAACCCUUCGUAUCUCGCUUCCUAUUAG